AUGGAAUUUUCGUCAUCCAGCGAUAAGAAUGUUCAAAAUUCGAAUGAAUCAACUCUUAUCGAUUAUUUCGUUGUCGCUGGAUAUGAUCACAAUUUAGGUCUUCAAGUGGAUACAACAAAUGAUGGAGGAGUGGAAGAUCUUUCACGACCACCACUUCACCGAUCCUUUAUCGCUUCGAUAAUUGCAUAUUAUCCUCAGAGAAGAGCUGCUUUUCUAUUCCCACAAGAAAUUGUUUCGUUAUGUAUGCCAAAAGGUUUGCAAUUUUUUCUUCGGAAUAAUGUACCCAGUCCAUCGGUACAUACGUUCGCGAAUAUUCGAGAGGAUGGCUCGCGACUCGAUGGGUCGGCUCUUAUUUAUUACGAGGAAGUACGUGAUGUCGCACUGCGUGAGAAGAUGAGUCAGUUACACAUGGAACAUGUGCGUGCCUUAACGGAAAAGGGCACCGAGCGUGUGCACUUUCCUCCUGGUACUAUUUCUGGUGGCACUCAUACUCUUCCAAGAGGAAACAAAAAAGAUCGUGCUAAAAGAAUUUCAUAUUAUGAUGCAGGUGGAAAUUCUCAACUUUACAUGUCGAAAUGUAUUUGUUUGGUGAAUAGAAUUCCUAUAGUUUCUGCUGCUGAACAUAUUCUUAUGGCGAUUCAUUCCAUCUUUACAUCAAAUGUGCAACCUCCACCAUUGCCUUUAGAAAGCUAUAUUUAUUGGAUAUUAAAUGAAGUACCUUUACCUGCGAGAGGCAGUACACUGAAAGUUUGUCUUAAUGAAGUAGAUAUUGUAAUUCAGAGACCAGGUCCAUUAGAAUUACCAUUUUUCGAUCAUUAUUUGUCCAGCCUUUUCGAUCUUCUCACUGUCGAUAAGUUUCUUCGCCUUUUCACAUGUUUUCUUCUUGAACAUCAGAUUCUUCUUUGUUCAAAAAGUUUUUCACGGUUGAUGUUGGUUGCAGAAAGUUUAUGCGCAUUAGCAUUUCCAUUUCGUUGGCAGCUUACCUAUGUUCCAAUAUUGCCGUAUUCUCAGCUGAAAUUCAUGGAAGCGCCUGUUCCUUUUAUCAUGGGUGUCUGUUAUGAGGAUAUUAUUUCUGACCAAUUGUUCCAGUGCAAUAUGUGCGUUUUGGAUAUCGAUACGGGCGAUUUAAAUAUGCCUGAGGAUGUGCCUUUAUUGCCUGACAGGAGUGAGUUUGCUCGUGAGGUCGCGAAUGUGCUUGUCCGAUUUGAAGAACGGAUUUUUGAAGACGAUGUAAUUAAAAAAAGAACCACGAAAACUUGCUUAGUCAAAAAAAAAGAUGAUUGGACGAAUAAACGGAUGUCUCGAUCUUUCGACGAAGAAUUUUCGUCGGUGCUGUCUCAGAUUGACAGUGCAACAGUGCCAUUAUCCAGAAAUAAUCUUAGCCCAUUACCUCUUGAUGAUGUUCUCAAACAAAGCGAAGUUUUCGCGAGGGUAGCUGCUAUUGCUCGACGUGCCGGAGUCAGUGUUCAAAUGGACAGUAUCGAGAAAGAACUUCUGUCUAGUGAUAACUAUUCAAAUUCGCCAAUCUGUAAAAAAUAUUUCAAGGAAAUGAAAAUUAAUAACGCAAUAAGGGAAGUAUUUUUAAAUCGUUUCGCAUGGCUUCUCUAUUCAUAUGAACAUUUUGUGAUUAGUGGUGGCUACUCGAAUUGCGAAGCUUAUUAUUCGAAUCGUGAUUCUGUUGCCAAUUUUGAUAAAGCAGCUUUUUUGUCUGAUCAGCCUGAUAGCAAUUUGGCUUUUCUAGCUGCUUUUCUGGAAACCCAAAUGUUCACUUCAUUCAUUGAUCUAAAAAUAAUUUCUCAAUGGGAGACACCAGAUGAAAACCUACAAAUGUUUGACGCGCGAAUUCAAGCGUUACGCGAAAAUCAUGGUCUUCAAAUGGUUCGCACUCCUACAUACGAAAAAGCUUUACCUUUUAUCAUAUCAGAAGCCCUAGAUUAUAUUGUUCCUUUGCCACAUGUCUUACCUGGUGCUUCUGUUCAAUUAUAUGAUGGUACAUUCCCAGAACUUAAUGCAUCUUUAUUAGAAGGAUUGGAAAUGCAAAGUCCUCUUCCAUCUCCAUGGAAACAGCGUCAUCGAAGACUUCGUCCAAAAAACUUAGACAAGGUAAAUAAUUUAAUACUCGAUUCUCCUGCCGUUAAUCGCUCGAGCACUUAUAUUACUGACACACCUCUCCAAAUCGCUCAACAAAAUUUGAAAUUCGUUGAGCAAUUGCUUAAAGAAACAAAAGGAAAAACAAAACGUAUGUUAGUGGGAAAAAUGGGAAAAGAAGCGUUGCAGUUGGGCCAUGGUGAUGCUGUGGUAAAUGGGCUUGAAGAAAAUACAUUGGUAGCUUCAUUUUGCGACUUACUUGAACGAAUCUGGGCUCAUGGACUUAUCAAAAAGCAGGGCAAAUCUUCUUUAUGGGCCCAUAUUUUACACCAUCAAGAGCUGGAAAAAUCAGGUGCUUUGACGCGGAAUGCAGUUGCGCGUCAUUCUACUUUUACUUCCGGGCUUUUAGCAGAUGAAUGGAGCAAUAAGAAAGAGAAUAUUAAUAUGCGUCAAAAUGAACAAAAUAUGCUAUCGGAAUUGGUGCGUAGUAUGCAGAAAGAAAUGGAAGAUUCAUCUGGUCCAGCUUGGUCUUUAUCAAUUCUUCGUGCAGCAAAUUUUAUUUAUGAUAAAAUAAAUGCUGUAUCAACAAUAGAAUACCCAGUUAAAACUGUAGAUACUUGUUCAUCUGCCACUAAUUCGUUUCUAAGUCGAUCUUCAUCCCUACGAAGGGAUACGAAACCUGCAAUGAAGAAGUCAAAUUCUGUGAGCGAUUUCGCCCCAUAUUGGGUUGGAAGUGGAUCAGGUGAAGUGAUUGGUGAAGGGACGCCUCGUAAACGAAACUCAUCGAGAACGCAGAGUCCAGAUAUUCGAAAAAAUUUUCCUCCAUUGCCAAUGCAUAUAGCUUAUGAUUUAAGGAAUGUUCUCCGAAUGGCCGAAAUAAAAACAGAUAUCGGUUAUGCUCGGGCUUUCGUUCGUUUAUCUCUUGAGCGCAAACUUCUUCAUUCUCAUUUGAAGACUAUUUUAAGCAAUACCGCUUUACUCCAGCAGAUUUAUAAGAAAUAUGCUUUUUUGCGAUCUGAUGAUGAGAAAGAGCAAUUUCUUUAUCAUAUAUUAUCAUUAAAUGCUGCCGAGUUUCGAUGUUUCACCAAUACAUUUUGCAAAACCAGUUGGUUCUCUUUACUCUUUCCUCAGCUUCGUUUCUUAUAA